AUGUCAACGGGCUCGACGCAAACCGUCCUAGAGACGCCGACGAUGCUGAGGAAGAGAUCAGGCUUUCUAGUUCUUGCCGAAUAUGACAAAGCCGGAGCCCUCAAGACCAAGUAUAUCGAGUCGGCUCCGAUUGCCGGAUCAUCUAGGGUUGAUCUCACGCUCCCACCCAAGAGAAAGAAGCCUUGCCAAGAGCUUCUCGAUAUAUUCUUGCCAGAUGGCUACCCGCAUAGCGUAACAGAUGACUAUGCUGAAUAUCAGAUUUAUGACUCUCUUCAAGCUUUCGCUGGCACAAUCGCCGGCAUGAUUUCAUCGCGUGCUGUUUGGCAAGGUCUUGGUGUUGGCGACUCAUUAGCAUCGCCAACCGGGGCUAUGCUCAUUCAAGUCACUCGAGAGUCCAUGGGAAGACUCGCAACAAUCACAUUUGCUCAUCUGUUUGCAACUUCUAUCGAAGCAGAAUGCAAGGCGUACCGCAUGGCCUGUGACCUGUUGACUGACACAGCAAUGGUUCUCGACUGUGCAUCUCCGUAUUUCCCGCAGGAAGCCAGGUUCAUGGUUCUCUGUCUCUCCAGCAUCUUGUAUUCCGCAUCCGGCGUCGUUGGGAACGCAUCAAAAAGCAGUCUCAGUGGCCACUUUGCCAAGUGGAACAAUUUGGGGGAGCUUAAUGCUAAAGAUGCCAGCCAAGAGACAGCCAUUUCUCUGAUAGGAAUGCUUACGGGAACAUGUCUGUUGUAUUUCCUAACCGACGAGACACUAUCAUGGAUCGUGCUCUUCAUCCUACUGGGCGUCCACCUGCUUCUCAACUGGAGGGGCGUUCGAGCAGUACACUCACGUCAGCUGAAUCGCCAACGCGCCAACAUUGCUUUAUCAGCAUUGUUUUCGAAAGACGAAGUCCUCACACCUCUGAAGGUUUCCCAAAGAGAACUCAUCUUCGAGAGGCGUGGGGGUGAGGUGUUCCGCUGGAACUCAGGGCCAGUGUUUGGCCACUGUAAGUACGGGGCACCCCUCAAGACCCUGCUUGAAGCCUUGGCCUCUGGGAAGAGCCACGAGAUGUCGUUCCAACUUUCAAGUGUUGACCUGUACACACUGAUGGACGUAUUUGACGGCGAGCAGUACAUUCUCUGGUGUCAAGUAUCAGCCGCCUCCAAUGAUGCAGCCUCCAGAGUCAAGGUUGUGGUUGUCCUGAAAGAGGGCGUGACGCCGAGGUCACAGCUGAAAGCCUGGUUCCACGGUCUGUUGCUGGCCAGAAGAUUGAGCGGACAGGAAGAGGCGAACUUGGUGCGAGCUGAAUUCGAUCAACAAGCAAUGUUGGGCCACGUGGAGGAGAGUUUGCAAAUCGCAAACGAAAAGUACGAGCUGUACGCGAGGAGACUGGCGUCUGUAGGCUGGAACAUUGAGGUUCCCGUGCUGGAAACCCGGGCAGGCUCUCGCAUUAUUCGGGAACCUGACGAGAUGAGAUCGCACUGA